GUAUUGCAUGUCCAAUCGUAAAUACAACAAAGUGAACGGAAAGCCAAUUUCUCUAAUUUAGUUAAAUUAAUACAAUUGUGUUGCGAAAAGUGAAGAUGGACGCACAUCGGGAGGCGAUUCAGAAACAGAUACACCAAGAUUGGGCAAAUCGAGAAUACAUCGAAGUGAUAACAGCGAGCAUCAAACGAAUUACGGAUUUUCUCAACUCGUUCGAUAUGUCUUGCCGGUCCCGGUUGGCUGUUUUAAACGAGAAACUAACGACGCUAGAGCGAAGAAUCGAUUACCUGGAAGCGUGCGUCACGAAAGGAGAAACAUUGCAAUAGUACUGCGUGUCCGGGUGCGGCCCUAACAACGUAGAACAGCAAGCAGUGUUAUCCCUGUUAUCAUGAUGGGAUGAGUCGAUGGAAAAACUGCCCAAUGAUGACAUGAGUAAGAGCGAGUGGCGAAAGCUUCAGCAUGAAGAUUUCAUUACAGUGUAACACAAUAUCGAACAAAUUCUUUCCUCCCGGAGAAAAAGUGGAUGCACGUACGUGGUACAUAAUCGAAACGCCAACGUGUAGUGAUAGGGGACGCAUGCACCGGACAACCUUUGAGUAGACAUUGGUUGCCUCACUGGGACACGGCUCGCUAGAUCGUGAGCAUCGGUAUGUGAGAUUUAGCAUUGACUAGGAUUUAUUUAUAUGUAUCGUACGGCUUUAUAUGUUUCUUUCUAGAAUGAUACCAUAAAAACAUAAAAAAGAGGCACGUUGUGGCCUUCAAACUUCCCGGAAAA